CUCCGGCAUUCCCGGCCGAGGGCGCACCGCCUCCCAUGCGCCGGGGGCCGCGCGGCUCUCAGCCCUCUCGCCCCCGAGAGCGCCUCGUCGCGGGGCGCCCGGACGGGACGCCGGCGCGGAGCGGAUUUGUGUGUGAUUGUCAUUGUGCUGUGCCACAGUGAAGAGGUAUUUUUCACUUCAAGAUACCUUGCAUUAAAAGAUCAUGGUAGACAGUUUAAUAGUUUCUUUGAGACUUCUCAGUUCCCUAGCAGUGCUGGGAUUUCAGCUUGUCAUCCCACAGCCUUCAAUUGAACACAGAAAGGUGCCGCAGAGGAUAGAGGAGCACGGCGAUGCCCCCGAGGACAGCGGCGGAGU